AUGUCCAUGGCCUCGGUCAUGUACACCCGCCUGCCAUUGGAUCCCCGCUUGCUGGUCGUCACGUUGGACAUCCCAGCUGACAGUAAGAGCGAGCUUCCACCAUUUGCCCCCUCCGUUGAAGCGAAUGGCUUUGUGCGUAAGGCAGGGCGCCUUAAGCGAGGUGAAGCUUUCAAUCUUUCUUUCCGCCGUGGCCAAGAAGCGCGCAAAUGCGCAGCUCGACAGCUUGGCUUCAUGCAUGACUUGGUCGACCACCUUUGGUAA